CUAUCACCGUACAUUAUCACGGCACCUAUCUUUUCGUUUCCCAUCCAAUGAUAGCAACAGCGCAAAAUCCGACUCAGGGGUUGCGGCAAGGGCAUCUUUUUCCGUGACCGACCCCACAUUCAGCCCAAGUCGCCGCCGGCAUUGCUACCGGUAUGGUCGCUAUCUCAGGCUGCAUGCAGACGAGGUACAUACAGACCCAUUCAGAGAGGACGGAGAGGUUGGCACACAUGUUCCUGCAGACGGGAAGAUGUAUCAAGCAGCCAUCUCUGUUCUCAAGAGGAAAAAGAGUGGACGCCUUGCCGAGAGCUAUCGUACCGUCGCAGGCGCCACAAGGCAGCAACGAACUCGAUCCAGGGAUUCCAGGCAGGCUGUGACCACCACAAUAGCCCAUGGCCGUGUCUUGCCCGACCCCUGCGGGCGUGGAUGCCAUGGUUUCCGAAUAGCUCGCAAAAAUGGACAUCGAACUCUGACCAUUUCCGUGCUGAUGACGCUCCACAUUUUCUCAUUUCGAUACUACCACUGCAGCUCACCUUUCUCAGCCAAUGGCCACUCUUGCCCAGCCCAGCCCCAAGGACAGCUGCUGGCUGUGCCCUGUUCCGAGAUGUGCGCCAUGCAUGGAACAUCUGCGGAUACUACUACAUUCCUGGCUUCUCCACAACUCCAUUACGAAAAUGGAGUGUCUCCAGGUCUCUCCCGCGUUGCGCGUGGAACUAUGGCUGAGCGCCGGCGGACGCUUGUCCCGGAGUAUGGGAUAGUCCAGGGCCUGGGUUAUCAAGAUAUCAUGUAGACCUUGCCCUAUUUUACAAAGCCUUGCUGCUCUGGUACUGUACAUACAUGAGUGGGUGUUCGGGAGUGUUCGAGUCGUCUGCUCUACCGGUA